AAUCUGGGUCUUGCUGAAACUGACGCCAUGCAUGCAAGCAAGCUGAGGUCAGGAGCAGCUGAGUUAGUGACUAAACCACCAGCCUCCUUCUCUAUCAAGGAACAGAGCAAAGAAGGAAAUCUAAUCUCUUCUGGAGGGGGGGAGGGAAUUGGUUAUUUUUAUCAAUCUUUUUUUUUUUCCCCCUGGCAUUAUUUUUUCCUGUGCUCUGAGUUAGGGCUCUUCUUGCGCCCCCAGCUCCUUAGCAGAAGGAUGGUGAAGGUCUUUUAGCCAACCUCACCAUGUUCAGCAAGAAGAAGAAACGCGUUGAGAUCUCUGCUCCCUCAAACUUCGAGCACCGGGUCCACACUGGGUAUGACCAACAAGAGCAGAAGUUCACUGGUCUGCCAAGGCAAUGGCAGGGCAUCAUCGAGGAAUCGGCAAAGAGACCCAAGCCACUGGUGGAUCCUGUGUUCAUCACGGCUAUUCAACACGGCUCGCAGAAGACCAUCGUGCGGGGAAACAAAACCACCAAGGACGGCUCCCUGACCUGGCUGCUGGAUGAGUUUGAGAACAUGUCGGUGUCCCGCUCCAACUCGCUGCGCCGGGACAGUCCCCCCUUCCAGCCCCGCCGCGACCAGCUCUUCCAUGAGAACGGCCUCAACGAGGGGCCGGCCAAAGCCCGGCCCCUCGAGGACAGGAAUAAGGACCACAAGGAGAGGAGUCGCCACGAAACCAGGAACGAGCUGGAUCGGGACAGGGAGAGGAACCGGGACAGGGAGGAGACCCGGGCCCACCCACAGCAGCCCCGAGGGCAGGAGCCCAGCGGCAAAUCCACCAAGCACCCUGGCGGCAGGCCGCCCCCUCCUGAGUACCACAAGCCCGCUAAGGAGGGCAAGCCCAGAGCCCAUGACCGGGAUGGGAGGCGGGACUACCCGGCGGAGAGGGACUACAGCGAGCCGGCCGACCGUGUGGUCAGGAGGGAUCGCCCUGACACCUCCGACAAGAGACCCAAGUCCACGUACACUGGGGAGAAAAGCCCGCAAUCCCCGCGGGACAAACGCCCGCUCUCUGGGCCCAAUAUCCGGACUCCAAACAUCCCCGUCUCCGAAGGGGUGAUGAAGACAGCUCAGCAGACCGGCCGGCCUUUUAAUACGUAUCCACGAGCUGAGACUGACCCUGUCAGGGGCACAGGUUCUCAGGCAGAACCCCGGUCUGCGAGGCCCCAGGAAAUGGCGUCCAAUGGGCCAGUAAGCGGGAGCAGUAGCUCCUCCAGGGUCCACCAGCCAGGCCAGCCGAGGUCCAAAAACCCAGAGCCACCCCAGCCGGGACUCUCCCCGCACGCAUCAGAGCCCCACUUAACUCGCAUCCCCCAGUCAACCCCCCAGCCAUCUUAUUCCCAGCAGCCGCUGCCGCCGCCUCCCCCCCCAACGGUGUCCCAGCAGCCCCGCUCCCCACAGCGUGAGCCCCAGCGGGUCUCCCACGAACAGUUCCGAGCUGCCCUGCAGAUGGUGGUCGACCCGGGCGACCCCCGGACAUACCUGGACAACUUCAUUAAAAUCGGCGAAGGCUCCACGGGCAUCGUCUGCAUCGCCACGGUCAAGAGCACAGGGAAGCUGGUGGCUGUGAAGAAAAUGGACCUGCGGAAGCAGCAAAGACGCGAGCUGCUGUUUAAUGAGGUGGUGAUUAUGAGGGACUACCAGCACGAGAACGUGGUGGAGAUGUACAACAGCUACCUGGUGGGGGACGAGCUGUGGGUGGUGAUGGAGUUCCUUGAAGGUGGAGCUCUGACGGAUAUCGUAACGCACACCAGGAUGAAUGAAGAGCAGAUCGCCGCCGUCUGCCUGGCUGUCCUGAAAGCACUUUCUGUCCUCCACGCCCAAGGGGUGAUCCACCGAGACAUCAAGAGCGACUCCAUCCUGCUCACCCAUGAAGGCAAGGUGAAGCUCUCUGAUUUUGGGUUUUGCGCGCAAGUGAACAAAGAGGUCCCACGGCGGAAGUCACUAGUGGGAACCCCCUACUGGAUGGCGCCAGAGCUCAUCUCCCGACUACCUUAUGGACCAGAGGUGGAUAUCUGGUCCCUCGGAGUGAUGGUGAUCGAAAUGGUGGAUGGAGAGCCUCCUUAUUUUAAUGAGCCCCCCUUAAAGGCAAUGAAGAUGAUCCGGGACAACCUGCCCCCCAAACUUAAAAAUGUGCACAAGGUUUCUCCUUCCCUCAAAGGAUUCCUGGACCGCUUGCUGGUGAGAGACCCGGUCCAGCGAGCCUCCGCCAGCGAACUCUUGAAACACCCCUUCCUGGCGAAGGCUGGGCCUCCUUCCAGCAUCGUGCCGCUCAUGCGGCAGAACCGGAUGAGAUGAGAGUGCCGGCUGCACGAGAGAGAGAGAGAGGGACGCACACGCCGUCUAACCGCUCCCCACGUGGCCGCCCGGAGCAGCCAUGUCCCUGCCUCGUCUCCUGGCCCUCUGUUCUCCAGGGCGCUGCUACCGUUCCCUUUGGCCGCCGCGGCAGGGAGGGCAGCUCCCAACAGCCAGAUCAGUAACAGGAGCGUUUGGCUCUCUCCGUCCCUCCGGGUUUCCGGCGGCGUCCCAGCCGCUGCGGGACCAGCGGUUCCGUGAACUGGAUUUACAACUGUGCCACUACUGUCAUGACUGGCAGGAGUUCUCCUGCCUGUCGCACCAUACUGCUGAGUGGGUGGGUGGGAGGGUGGGGUCAGCUGGGGCCGGGGGGGUUUAAUGACUUUAAAAUUUCUGAUCAAAAUGGUAGUUUUUACACACACACACACACAGACAAGGCGGGUCCCGGAGCGACAGACACUAAGCCACUCAACACUGGAACUUCCAGCCACGUCUAGAAGCAGCUUUGGCUGCGGGCUCAAUCUUCCCUGGGCUGGGACAGGAGCAGUCGGGGUAGGUAGGGGCGGUUUUGUUUAGCGCCGGAGCAUUUGGGUUUUUUCAGUAGAGUGGGACCCAGCGGCAGGGCAUCCUCCCCAGCACCUGGGUCCUCUUGUCAGAAGCAGCUGCCUCCAGAUGCAGCCAGGGCAGCAAACGACUCCUGCUGCUGGGUUGUUGACAGCCCAAAUCUCCCCCUGCCAGCUCCACCCCUGCUGCGUGCCUGCUGAGAUCAGCACUGGUUGUGCUGCCCCGGCCCGGCCCAGCCCCUCUGCCUGCUAGGUGUGGGGUCUCCGCCACACCGCCCCUCGUGGGCACCUAAAGCCUGUUUUCUGCAGAGUCUCGUUGAUGCUGGCCCCGGCCCCCUGUGCUCGUUCUGCGUUGUCGAGACGCAUGCUGCUGCUUGCUGCUUGGAUUGGGUGAGCAGAGACCUGGCCUCUUUGCUUCACAGGUUCCUUUGCAGCCACGUAGCCCAAAGUGCCUGGCUCACCCGUCCCCCGGGGGCUCCAAAACGCAAUCCACUCAGGGCCCCUGCAGCUAGAAUGCAGAAGACAUGAGAGGGAGGAGAGACUCUGGUAUCCCAGCAUGCAAUGCCGCUCCUUGAUCUGUGCAGCCUUGCAUGCUGGGGUACCUGGAGUCCCUGCAGCACAGGGCUGCUGUACCGUAACGGGGACGGGCGCAGUGUCGGGGAGGGAGGUUCCCAAGGCUCCCGGCCUGUUGCCUUCAGUUUCGGGCAGCCUAUGGGAUCAGAGGAACAAAGGCCCAAGCGGCCUACGGGGGAGUAGGGGGCAUUGUAGCUCUCUGGUGUCGUCUAGGCUUAGGGGCUUGUUGGCUCAUCUGUGAGAGAUCCUGCCAGAGAGGACUCCCCUUCCCCGGCAGAAUCUUCCCCCUCUGCGUGGCCCAUGUGCCCAGUUCAGCAUAUGGAGGAGGUGACAGGGUCUGGUCAUGGGUGUGGGGAGGGAGCUCAGCACUGGUCGGGGGGUGGCCUCCUCUCGGAGCUCAGGGGCUGGACUGAGCUGUGAUCUCUGACACCAGCCAGGAAAGGGGGGCGGAUUCCACUCUGCGAUCAGGGGAGGUCAGUGCUAUAACACGGGUCCAAAGGAAGAAUCGCCCCGAAUGUGGGCCAGCAUUUUGUUGCUUCUACUUUCCAUUCUGCCAGGGAGGGGCUGCUCGGGGAGGGUCCCGCAUGCAGAAACUGAGCCAUUUGGAGAAGGAUUCCUCCCCACCUUUGCGCCGUGCAAUGAACGUGCAUGCUGUCCCGCACAACCUCCUCUGCAUGCUUUCUGGGGAGUGGGAGGGGCACAGGGAUGGUCUUUUUUUAUAUGCUUUUAGCUACUUCAGUUAAAGCAGCUGGUUUGCUGCCUUUUUUCUUCUCUCCGGGAGCCCCCCUAGUGCAUCAUGAGUGGGCUGGUUACAGACACAAGGGGAUUGUUUGCAGUUAUUUUAUCUGGUUUGACUGGCCACUGGAUUCUUGUCUGCAGAACUGCACAUCACUUGUGCUUCUUGUUGCAACAGCGAGAACUACAGAGCAACCUGCCUGUAGAGACUGACAGCGGGAAGGGGGGGUGGAAACUGGGUCCAAUUAGGUAUUUUUAUGUGCUGGGCCUAACUCUUCCCUGGGGUGGCAAUCGGGAAUUGGCUCCACUGAACUCACUGGUGUGCAAGCGAUGGGCAGAGCGGAAGUCGGUCCAGUUAGGAGCCAGCCACGGACAUGUUGAAGGUUGGCUAAUGCGCGAGAUCUUCCAGGGCCCUCCAUGCUGGCUGGAUUCUGCUCUUACUGGGUGUCUUACUGGGGAUUUUGGAGAGAGCAGGAUUGAGCCAGUGCUGCGGGUUCAGUUGUCCGAAUUCAUGACACGUUAUGGCUGCGUAGGGCGAGCGGGAAGGUCUGUUUCAGGCUCUUUUCCGAUUAGGCCUUAGCCUUUAAUGUUUUUAAACAUGAACUAGAUCACUAAAACACCCUUGAAGUGCCCGGCAGCAUGACCAGGAUGUGUGUAUUCACACCCACCCACGAUUGACCAUGAGGCAAAGCUCUCUGUCACCCAAACCCAGCGCUACACCCAGAGGUGUUCACAGUGUGGGGGUGGGUCUUGUUCAGUACAGCCCCUUGGGCCCGGUGCUGUACCUAGGCCCUCCCUUCUCAGCCUGAGCCCUUUGCCCUACUCCUGGCUGGGCUCCUGCAGUUUUUCUCAGCUCUGACGCAUCGGCAUUUAAACUCCUGCCGUUUCUCAGCCUGCUUAAAUUGUUGUGAAGCCUGUGGGUUUGAGACUAUCCCGUGCUGUACAGUACACCCGGCCUUGCCACUUCAUGCCCGUGUUCUGUUCUGAUAAAAACAACAUCAGCCAGCUCUGACUGCCUCCUCCCCCUCGUAACCCACUCCCCUGAUCUCCCCAUACGGGACAGUUUUUAACCAACAUUUAUUUUCGUUGGGGUUUCAGAUCAAUUACACAGACCUUCUCCGGUCUCUCUUACUUCACCCAGUCACGGUGUGUUACUGGGUACCCUCUGAGCCCCAUCCUCUAUUGCUCAGACCCCCGAACCUCUCCCUGAGCUUCCCAGGGAGCACGUGAGCUGGGGCGGACCCUUUAUGGCUCACGGACUGGAGCAGAAGGGCUUUGUGGGUCACUUGGCAAUGGCGGCUGAGCCCCCAGCCUGCCACUCAACAUGCCUCUGGGCUGGCUCAGGAUCCGGGGUCUCCUUUAAGCAAAUGGGCCUGGGGUGUGGGAUCGAGCGUUCCCAGGGGGCACAGGGAGUGGGGGGAGGCAUUAUCCUCCCACUGGCACUAGCAUUAUUCCCAAUUUAUGCCACUGUAACAGCAUCUGCUUCAACUCCCCAGCUGGUGAAAUCAGCCUCACGCAUGGGACCUGCUCCUCAGCUGUGGUAGAUCCCUGUGGCCCCAUUGCAGGCUGCAGCUCGGCCAGUUUACACCGUUCGCUCGCUGCUUCUCCGGGCGACCCCCCGCCACUGGCGCUGAGCUGCUUCACCCCGCCGGAGAGCUGCUGCCCCUUUUCUCGAUCACUCGCUCCCCCGGUGCCUGCUGCUGUGGGGGGAACCCCAGGGGCGCUGGUUUGCUCACUGAAUGACCAGGCGGUCCUGCUUCCCCACGCAGCGUCAUCGCACGCCAAUGGUGGGCUUGUGACAAUCAGCACGGGCUGGUACACUGGGGUGUAAGACACUAGCCUCCCCCCCCCCGCAUCACAUCUUCCACAGCAACCUUCCCAGUGCUGCAAUCCUCUGAGAGCCUGGGGGGGGGGAUCCUGGCAAGGCAGCUCAAAGGCGAUGCAAAGAACUGGUGAACUCUGUCUAGAAACAACUACUGAUUUGUUUUCUUGUUACUAUUUUUUUUUUAAAGAAGCUAUUUAUAUUGUCAUUUUGUAAUACUACAGUAUUCCUGAUUUUUUUGGGGGGGAGGGGGCUGAUUCAGCCACGGACUGACUUGUAUAAAAACGGAAUUGGAUCUUGUGCUGUGAGUUUGGGGUUUGGGGACUUUUUUUGGUGGGCCUCAGCCAGGCAAAACUUUUCAAACAGUUUUGCGGUUAGUGUGACAAUUACAGGCUUUCUUUUUUUGGA